GUCCUGGCCGAGACCCCUGGCGCGAGCGUGGACGUGAUGGAGCAUCCGUCUGCAAAUUCUUAUUCCUCGCUGUGAUGGAGCGGGAUGUUGAGAGGGAUCUGUCCACAGAGCCAUCCCUUUCCCUCCUUCGUCACCUCCGUCCGCAACUUCGCAGCCGACUUCGCUGUUAGGGGCCUACCGCUCAACAUCCUCAUUGAGAGAGCUGAACGGGGCGAGGCUGGAGGCAUCGGUGAGGGCGUACGAUGGCGCCGGCCAGAGCAAGGUGUCCAACAAAUGGAGAAGAAGGAGCACGCCCAGGAGAAGAAGGAGCAAGCCCAGGAGAAAAACAACGAGCAGGAGAAGAGGGGGUGUAGCUGUACUGAUUCUUUGGUUUUCAUCCGUGCAACAGAGGACAAGGGCGUCAUGGCCAACCAAGGCGCAUGGUUAGUGAGCAGCUUCAGGAGGAGCUCAAGCACGACCACCAAGAGGCACCACCGCAGCAACAGGUAG